AUGAAGAUCUGGAUUUCAGAGCAUGUCUUAGACAACCCAUGGGAAACCUUUACAACAGCUGCGAUGCAGAAAUACCCAAACCUUAUGAACCCAAGUGUGGUUGGAGUUGAUGUGUUAGACAGACACAUAUAUCACUCCAGAAAGUUGCACAGCCAUAGACUUCUCAGCACAGAGUGGGGACUGCCUUCCAUUGUGAAAUCUCUUAUUGGUGUAGCAAGAACCAAAACAUACAUGCAAGAAGAUUCUGUAGUUGAUCCUGUAGAGAAGAGAAUGGGACUUAAAUCUACUAAUAUUUCAUUUACAAACAUGGAUUCAAUAGAUGAGAGACAUAUAUACAAACCACAUCCUCAGGACCCAGAAAAAACUAUUUUGACUAAAGAAGCCAUAAUCACUGUGAAAGGAGUCAGCCUUAGCAGUUACCUUGAAGGACUGAUGGCAAGUACCAUAUCUUCAAAUGCUAGUAAAGGUCGAGAAACAAUGGAAUGGGUAAUACAUAAAUUAAAUGCUGAGAUUGAAGAACUGACAGCUUCAGCAAGAGGAAGCAUAAGGACUCCAAUGGCAGUGGCAGUAUUUGUAGAAAAAUGA